AUGGACGGACUCCUGGCCCCAGCCGCCUCCCGCCGCCCUGAGCUGGGAGAAGCCUGGGAACUCGAGGGUCACCGGAAGGAAGGCCAGGAGGGCGGUGUGAAGCCAGAGGCCCGGGAAGAAGACCCCGCCCGGGACAGUGCGGACCGUGAUGGGGUCCCAGGACCCGGACCGAGCCCGCCUGUCACCCAGGCCACCCGCCGGCCCCGCGGGCACGCGGCACAGGGAAAGCGGAAGGGCCCAGAGGAAGCGGAGGCCGCGGGGCCCGGGACGCCCUGGGAGUGCGAGGACUGCGGCAAGGCCUUCCGCUACCGCUCGGCGCUCACCCUGCACCGCCGCACCCACACCGGGGAGAAGCCGUUCGCCUGCCCGGAGUGCGGCCGGGCCUUCCGCCAGCGCGUGCACCUGACCCUGCACCUGCGCGUGCACACGGGCGAGCGGCCCCACACCUGCGCCCAGUGCGCCCGGACCUUCGCGCAGCGCGCGCACCUGGCCCAGCACCGGCGCGUGCACACGGGCGAGAAGCCCUACGAGUGCGCCGAGUGCGGCGCGGCCUUCAGCCAGAGCGCGUCCCUGGCCGAGCACCGGCGCCUGCACACCGGGGAGCGGCCCUUCGCCUGCGGCCAGUGCGCCAAGGCCUUCCGCGGCCGCGCGGCCCUGCGGGAGCACCAGCGCGUGCACAGCGACCGGAAGCCGUUCGCCUGCGCGCAGUGCCCCAAGGCCUUCCGCUUCCCCGCGGCGCUGCUGCGCCACCGGCGCACGCACACGGCCGAGCGGCCCUUCGCCUGCGGCCAGUGCGGCUGGGCCUUCGCGCAGCGCGCGCACCUGGCCCAGCACCGGCGCGUGCACACGGGCGAGCGGCCCUACAAGUGCGCCGAGUGCGGCGCGGCCUUCGGCCAGAGCGCGUCCCUGGCCGAGCACCGGCGCCUGCACACCGGGGAGCGGCCCUUCGUCUGCGGCCAGUGCGGCAAGGCCUUCACGCAGGGGUCGCACCUGAGCCAGCACCGGCGCGUGCACACGGGCGAGCGGCCCUUCGCCUGCGGGGACUGCGGCCGCGCCUUCCGCAAGCGCUCGCACCUGGCGCAGCACCGCCUGCUGCACACGGGCGCCCGGCCCUACAAGUGCCCGAGCUGCGGGGCGGCCUUCGGCCACGCGUCCUCCCUCCGGGAGCACCAGAAGGUCCACACGGGCGAGAAGCCCUUCCGGUGCGGGGACUGCGGCAAGGCCUUCAGCCAGGGCGCGGCGCUCUCGCUGCACCGGCGCACGCACACCGGGGAGCGGCCCUACGCGUGCCCCGAGUGCGGCAAGGCCUUCCGCAGCCGCGGGUACCUCAUCCAGCACCACCUGGUGCACACGGGCGAGCGGCCCUACGAGUGCGGCCCCUGCGGCAAGGCCUUCGGCUUCUGCUCCGCCCUCACCCGCCACCAGAGGACGCACAGCGACCGGGAGCCCCACCAGCGCAGCCCGCGCGGGGACCCCGCGACGCAGCCGCCACCCCCAACCGGACCCCGGCGCUCGCCCCGGGGGAAAAAGCCCGCGAGCCCUAGUGACCCCGCAGCAAACUCCGGGGGCCAUCAGGGUGAGAGCUGA